AUGCAAGCCCGCGAGAAUUCAAUGACAGAUAUUAUGCAGCGUCGUUUACAACAUCUCGUGUAUCCAAAAGAAAGCGGUUAUCAGAAUGAAGCAGGUGGGUUGAUGGAAAACCUGCGCACUCUCAAAAUCGAAUCUAUUCGAGAUUACCACCGUCAAUUUUACACACCCGAUAACCUGGUGAUUGUGAUUACAGGCAAACUGGACCAAGUGCAUCUACUGUCUACAUUGGAGCAAAUCGAUAAAUCCAUACUGGACAAAAACCACAACAUGACGAGAAGCAUCAAACCAUGGAUACCAGCACCCAUGAUUCCAGACUUGUUGCACGACCACACAGAAAUUGUUUAUUUUCCAGGCCAUGAAUUGGAGGACAUGAGCGAGAUUACAGUGACAUGGUUGGGUCCGCACUGGAACGCCUUUUUGGAGAUUCAAGCCAUCCAUAUGCUCAAUGCGUAUUUGAGCGAGACACCCAUUGCGCCACUGAAGAAAGUCUUUGUGGAGAGGAAUGAUCCUUAUUCGAGUUUUCAAAAUGUACCUUUGGCAAAGGCAGACGACAUUGUCCCUACCUUGGUCUCGACAUUGCACUCCAUCUUGCAUUCGCUCGAAAUUGAUAUGGAUAGAAUGGCUGCUCUCAUUCGAAAGGAAAAGCUCAAGUUUCUAGAUGAAUAUGAAACUCGUGCAACCUACAUGGUAGCUCUACCCGCUAUCACAGCCUGUCUUUACGGUGAUUUAGGUAGCGAUGAUUUCGUAGAUGCUUUGCAGCAAGCAAAAUAUCUAGACGUGCUUGUCGACUUUACAAAACAAGAUUGGCUACACCUGUUGAAAAAAACCUAUAUCGAUUCAGCAUACACUGCUUUGAUUGGAAAACCAUCUCUCGCCAUGUCUGAACGAUUGAUAAAGGAAGAAAAUGCAAGAGUCGAGGCACAACGAGCUUAUCUAGGAGAAGAAGGUUUACAGCUACUAGCUGCUCAGUUAGACCAUGCCAACCGCAUCAACGAAGCUCAAAUCCCAUCUAGAAUCAUGGAAGGGUUUCCUAUACCUGACGUGUCCAGCAUCUCAUCCAUCGAAGUCAUGACUGCCGUCAACCCUUACUGCCAACUAGUAGAUGCCACCGCCAAGCUACCCAACAAUCCAGUUCAAGCACAUGUCAGUCGAGAUGGUCCUGCAAGUAAUAUACCCUUCUUCAUCCAGUACGAUGACAUUUCUUCGGCAUUUGUGUCCAUUUCAGUCUACAUGAACACAUCCAGCAUGCCUUCUCAUCUUCGACCCUAUGGUAGAAUGUACAUGGAUACUGUUUUCGCUUCUCCCAUCUGCCUAGACGAUGGGAACUUCAUAUCGCAUGACGAUGUGGUGCAGAAGCUCGACCUGGACAUUAUUUCCUACGACGCUUCGCUAGGCUACCAAGGAGCCUUCCGAGAAUACAUUGUGAUAACCAUCAAAGUGGAGGCCAAGAAAUAUUCAGCAGGUGUAAAUUGGUUACGAUAUCUCAUGUGGAACAUUCAAUUUACACAUGACAGACUGGUGGUAGCCAUCAACAAGACACUGAAUGAUAUUCCACAAGCAAAGAGAAGCGGAAAAUUGGUCACAGACUGGACCAUUCGUGCCAUCAACACGGAUAUCACAAAAUCAACAGAGGCCUCUUGCAGCUAUCUAUAUCAAGAUACUUUUCUUCCCAAGGUACUGGAUAAAAUGAAGAAGGCCCCCAGCCAAGUUAUCCAGGACAUGAAUGAAUUUAGAUCCAUCUUAUGUCGAGGUGAAAAUUUAAGGGUGCAUGUCAUGGGCGACAUCUUGAGACUGAAGCAACCCAAGUGUGUCUUUAGAUCGUGGAAGUUGCACCAGAAAAAGGUAAAAGCUAUCCCGCCUGUCAUCCGCUCCAAAGAUGCUUUUGGGUUAUUUGGUCAAAGGCCAGGGCAAUGCACAACGAUUGUGGCAUUACCGGCUACGGAGAGUUCUUUUUCUAUUCAUUCGGCAAAGGGACCCUCUGAUUUCGAUUCACCCGAAAUUCCACCUCUUUUAGUGCUGAUGGAAAUGCUGCAUGCCAUGGAAGGUGUCUAUACUCGGCUAGUGCGAGGACUUGGCCUUUCUUACAAGUGUUGGUUAUCCAAUUUAACAGAAUCUGGACUGAUAUCAUUGUGUAUAAUGCGUUCCUCCAACAUCUUGGGCGCAUUUGAGCAUGUCAAAAAUGCCACACAUCAACUAGCUACUGGAGAAAUACAAUUAGAUAUUUAUGCUUUAGAAGGUGCCAAAAGCAGUGUGAUUUUUGAUAUUGCUGAUUGCGAGAACACGAGAGAAGUUGCAGCUGCUCAAUCAUUCAUCAACAAGGUGCUGCGACAAUCAAAGCGACAAAAGUGUCAGUUUUUUAAAGCUGUUCAGGAUGUCACUAUGCAAGAUGUGACAAAAAUUCUUCUCAAGUACAUUUUACCCAUUUUCGAUCCUCGUACUUCCAACCAUGUCAUUGUUACUUCAUGUGCAAAAAGUCAAGAAGUUGCGCAAUCCUUUUAUCUCAUGGGUCAUCCUGCUCAGGUCAUCAAAGUAGAAGAUGUAUAUGCUAGAAACAUCUUUCAACAAUAA